UGGGCUGACUCAAGCUGCUCUGGAGUCCUGGAUUAGAGGGCUGAAGGUCGCCGCAUCACAGCAGCUAUUAGCAGGUGAGACACUUACUUUUUUAUGAUUCGAAAUGGUGCUGACAGAAGUUUACGUGUCGUUGAAAGUAUUUUAAAAGAAUGAAAAUGAACUCUUAAGUGGAAAAAUAUCACAUUUGACGCUAUAAUUAGAAAUGUUUUGAGGUUUAUAUAUGUGGAUAUGAUGAUAAUGAAGACAAAACAGCUUAUUUAAGAGUAUAUUUUAAUAAAAAUUAGUUUUAUAGAUAUUUAAAAUUUCGUUUUUUUAAUUUUCACUCUGCAGCUUUGAUUGAUUUUUACUGAAAUGUGCAGAAAAACAUUCAUAGAAAACACAGCAGGUUAUUUCAGAGCUUAUUAUUAAUAAUUUUACAAUAUUUUUUGAAUUUGAUUCAACCAGUAAAAGGAAGGAAAAUACAAGCAGGUGGAAGAACCAGUUUGAUAAACAUCAGAAUGACUGGAAUGGUUUAACUCUUGAACUUCAGCAGACGUUCAGCUGUUUGCUCUCCAUGGAGGAGUCCGAACCCCUGCUGGCCGCUGGACCAAAGCCCAGGUGGCUGAUCGGACGCGCUCCAUGGCGCUCCCCCUGUCUGGACUCCAAGGGGGUGGAGGAUUUCAGGCGCAGGCUCAAGUAUUACUUCAUGAAUCCUUGUCAGAAGUACAGAGCCAGAGGGCGAAAACCGUGGAAACUGAUGCUGCAAAUAUUGAAAAUCGCGAUCAUCACGGUCCAGCUGGUGUCUUUUGGUCUGAGCAAUGAGAUGAUGGUCACGUUCAAAGAGGAAAACCUCAUGACUUUCAGACAUCUGUUCCUCAAAGGCUACAGAGACAACUGGCAGGGAAGCCACGCGAUCUACUCCAGAGCGGAUGUGUUCGACCACAUCUACUACCUGAUCUCCAGGUACAGGAAUCUCCAGAACGUGACAGUAGGAAAUCUGGCGUAUGAGAGGGUUGGCGGCACGUUCACGCCUCUGACCAUCUGUAAAGUUCUGUACAGGAAGAGCAGCGUGGAUCCUGGGAAUGACACCUUUGACAUCGACCCUCAUAUUGAGAAAGACUGUAUUUCCAUAUAUUCUGUGCCGUCUGGAAACAACAAAACACUCACCAACUUCUCCUUAGAUUUCAAAAGGCUGCUAUCAGUGAACGUCUACCUGACUCUGAAGACCAUCAACCUGCAGACGGUGAGGCACCACGAGCUGCCGGACUGCUACGACUUCCACAUCACGAUAAUAUUUGAUAAUCGAGCACACAGCGGGAAAAUAAACGUUGAUGUGAAAAAUAAAGUCCGAAUCUAUGAAUGCAGAGACUGGAACGUGGAAGGAAACUCGGCAAAGAUCGAUUAUCUCCUGGUCCUGUUUGAUUCGGUGGUCAUCCUGGCCUGCUUCUCCUCCCUCAUCCUCUGCUGUCGCUCUGUCCUCAAGGGGAUCCAGCUGCAGUUCGAGUUUGGUACGUUCUACCGCACGUUCUACAACAAAGCGGUGUCGCUGUCGGACCGGCUGGAGUUCGUGAACGGCUGGUACAUCCUCAUCAUCGUCAGCGACGUUCUGACCAUGGCCGGCUCAGUGAUGAAGAUUGGAAUACAGACAAAGUUCCAGUCCAACUACGACGUUUGCAGCAUCUUGCUGGGAACGGCGACGAUGCUGUCUUGGGUCGGCGUCGUUCGUUACCUUGGCUUCUUCAAAAAAUACAAUAUCUUGAUCCUGACCCUGAGGGCUGCGUUUCCGAAUGUCAUUCGCUUCUGCUGCUGUGUGGCGAUGAUCUAUCUGGGAUACUGUUUCUGCGGCUGGAUCGUCCUCGGGCCGUACCACGACAAGUUCCGAACUCUGGGCAAAGUGACGGAGUGCCUCUUCUCUCUCAUUAACGGGGACGACAUGUACGCCACCUUUCUGAAAACUCGAGACAACUGCUACAUGGUUUGGCUCUUCAGCAGACUCUACCUCUACUCCUUCAUCUCCCUGUUCAUCUACAUGGUUCUCAGCUUGUUCAUCGCUCUCAUCACUGACACCUACGAAACCAUCAAACAUCACCAGAAGGAUCAGGAAUGUGUGUCGCAGCUUCACAGCUUCAUAGCGGAGUGCAGAGACCGGCCGGAGUCUGGAAAAUACCAAACCGACGUGGAGCCGUCCACCUGCUGUGUGUCUCCGUGUGGCUGCUUUGGAUGAUGAAGACGGAGGCGACAUGUUAUGGAUGCAAAAGCACUUCCGAACAUUUAGAUUUUCAACCAAACUUUUCACUUAGGCACUAAGUUUAUUCGCUUCACUUGUUUUUACCUUUGAAGUAACUCACUUCUUUACAAUACUUAAUGUAAAGUCAUCUUUUUUGCUGAAUCAUCAAGGAUUUUGGAGAUAAAAAUGUUAUUUAAAAGUUCUAACAGUUAAAUUUGACACAUGCUGUUGUGUAUUUUUUGUUUUGUGUGUUGUAAAUGUAACUUUCUCUGUUCCUGCAAUUUCUACUUUUGUACAUUUCUAUCAGCACUUAAUGUAAAGUCGGGGCCUCCAAGAAAAAAGGGUUCCUUUACAUCUUUUUCUAAUAAACGGAAUAUUUUGACACACUAAAAUGUAAACAAAUGAUAAACUGCACAUUGGUAGACUAUAUAUAUUAAUAAAUGCAUUCAACAUUAACAAUCUCACAUUAUUUCUCUGAAAAUAAAAAAAGUAAUUUAAAAUAAUUGAAAACACAUGUCAAUGCAUUUCACACUUUUAAAAAAACGCAGAAAAUAAAAUUGUGCUCUACUAAAAGCAGCCUGCAUCUAUUUACUGUGUCACUGAAUAAACUAAUUCACAAAUCCUUCAUGGAGCCAACAAUUCUCUGUCUCAUUGAUGCCCGAAUUGAGUAAUUUUAUUUUAUUUUUUAUUCUUUUUGUUUAGAUCUCUAUAUGAGGGAUGAAAGCAUCCGGUUUUCAACUUGUUUUCCUCAAAAUCGUCAACUUUACCCACCAUAGUGAUUGCGGCUAUCAUCUUUGUUUUUUUUUUUUGGAUUGUCAUAUUU